CAAAAUUCUUUCAUGAACUAAUAAUACCUGAUCUUGAAGGUAAAGAAAAGCUUCGGUACUAGCUAAUACUGGUCUGUCUUAGAUCUCUUGAAGGUGUCCCGCAGUUCAUCUCUAAGGAAUAUAAGGGUGCUUUAAUGGAAAUCUCGUCAGCCAAAUGGAUAUCAGAACUGACAGUGGAGGACCCCAAUUACUUGAGCCAUCAAUACGACUUGAACCCUUUCGAUUACUCACUCGAUGGUCUUGAUCAUGAUUUUCAAUCUAUUUCUGCUGAGAGCUACUCAUCUUAUCCAGUUCUCAAAACUCCCAAAAGCAUACACACCUUUAAUAUUGGGGUGGGAGAAAAUAUUCCUCAGACCGGCAUGGAUCCGAGACCGGCAAAACUGCUCAAGACUAGCAGUUGGAACUCUUUCAGCACCGACCGAAUUGCUUCGAAGGCUCCAGCUUCUUCCUCCUUGUCGCAGUUGAUUUCUUUCGAGAACUCGAACUCACCUCCAGCCUCUUAUCAGCAAUUUUAUGGUCUAGACUGCACCAUGAACCCAAAGAACGAGGCGGGUUCUGAUCAUGGCAAUAGGAGUUUCCCAAAUUUGAUUUCUGAGAAGCCCACCUCUAUGAUGCAAAAUUGUUCACCAAAACAAGAGCAGUUCCCCAAGAGGGCUGGUUCAACGACUAGAACUCCAUUACAUGCCCAAGAUCACGUAAUAGCGGAGAGAAAGCGCCGAGAAAAGCUCAGCCAGAGGUUCAUAGCACUUUCAGCCAUUGUUCCUGGUCUAAAGAAGAUGGACAAGGCUUCUGUCCUGGGAGACGCUAUUAAGUACUUGAAACAGCUACAAGAACGAGUGAAGAUACUCGAAGAGCAGACUGCAAAGAAAACAAUGGAAACGGUGGUUUUUGUGAAGAAGACUCGUAUCUCGGCCGAUGAUGACACCUCUACAUCUGAUGAGAACUCCAAUAGCCACUCCGACGAGCCACUCCCUGAAGUUGAAGCUAGAAUUUCGGAGAAGAAUGUGCUCAUUAGAAUCUAUUGUGAGAAACGCAAAGGAUGUACCGCAAAGAUACUAAGCGAAAUAGAGAAACUUCACCUAACUAUCACAACAAGCAGCAUCUUGCCAUUUGGAAAUUCCACAGUUGAUAUGACUGUUGUCGCUCAGAUGGACGUUGAUUUCUGCAUGACAGCGAAAGAUCUGGCGAGAAACCUACGACAGGCUUUGCUGAAACUUAUGUGAAAUUGCAGGUUGCAAAAAUCGAAGAACUGUCGAUGUUUUUUCUUUUCUUUUUUUAGAGUCUUUCACACAUCAGAAGCGUGGGAUUAUCGAAUGAUGAAUAAGCUCUACUUGCAGACACGUCUCCUUUUCUUUUUUCAGUGUCUUUCUAGAACCUCUUGAGAGAGAGGCCUGUAAACUCUCAGUACUGUAGUUAUUGUUCCGAGACUCAAAUUCGGGAGCAGGGUUUUUCACCUUUUUCUCGUGGUUUUUUGCGUGGUUGAGCCCAUGACCAUGUUCAAUUACCCCAGCGUUGUAAACGAGACUCGCAGCUUUUUGAGAGGGGGUUUUUUUUUAGAGGUGUUGACUUUUCAACAUGAUCACCUGAUCUUUCUAUAUCCCUGAUCUUUACGUGAAAAGCAUUUUGUUUUUUCUUCUGCAUUGAAGGACAAGUUAGAGACUUUCUUGUCAUAGAGGUUUUCUUAUAUAUUUGUGAUCUUGUCCUUUUCGAAAAAUUCCUCUGUAUCAUGAUGUAUAUACGACUCAAUGAUU